AUGGCACCCGAUAAAUACAAGGAGGACCUUGUCGCUCUCAAGCAUCAAAUUGAGGAGAAACGCCGAAUUAUUACCGAAGUUUUGCGAGGAGCCGCAGAGAUAUCGACAGAAAAAGGCAUCACCCUUCGACGCGAAUUUCGGGCUAAGAAACUUGAAGUGAGGACGGCGAUCAGUGAGGCGCUGCGCAUAGAGGAAUUCGACUUCUGGGUGAUCAAGCUCGACUUUUCGGGAGAGCACGAGAAAAAACGGUUGUUACCCUCGAUGCUUCCUGGAAUUUCUGCAACGUGGGCCCUGUUUGACCCGGAGUGGAGAAUGAUCAGCUGUAUUGACCCGUCUCAACCCACGACCUUCGUGUUGUCUGCGCGUUCGCUAGAAGUUGCCCUGGAAGCGCACAUCCAGCUCUCGCUCACCUUAAUUCCCUAUCGUCCGUUUCCGGAACGGGAUCAGGAAUUGGGCGAGGUUUCGGAUGUGCUGUUAGAGCUGCCGCGCGCCACCAUCACCUCGAGAAUUUGCGACCUCAACGAACACGGGAAAAACGGGAUACUGAUAUUCAUCCGCUGCCUCGCGGUGGCGUACCACGAAAUGGAGACCGCGGAAUUCCAUAGCGAAUUGCUCGAGCGGCGAUUCUCGGGCAAAUUCAAGAUCUACGAUUAUGGUUCUUUUACGGUCUGUUUGGGACAAGCCGAAUUCACGAAAUCCCUCAUCUACGCGCCGCCGCACAUGCGCUCCAAGCUAUGUCGAAUUGUUGCACCAAACGAGGAGCUGGCGAUCCGGAUAGCCGAACGACUGACGGGAGAA